CGUCGACACUGAUAACAAACGAGCGGGUUGUUCGCGAGUGUCGUCCCAGAAAUUACCGGAAAUGCCCCGUCGUCGAAGAUGACGACUACUCCGUAUCCAGAGUUCUCUCUCUUGACCCCUCUCUCUCGUGAAUUCUUUGCCUCCGAUCGAAGCCCUAUUUUUUGAUGCUCAUCUGACGGAGGAACGGAGGACGAGUAGGGAAUGGAUCGGAUCAUCGGGGGGAAGUACAAGCUAGGGCGCAAGAUCGGCAGUGGAUCCUUCGGCGAGAUCUAUCUUGCGACCCACUUUGACACGUUUGAGAUCGUCGCGGUGAAGAUCGAAAACAGAAGGACCAAGCACCCACAGUUGUUUUAUGAGGCCAAGCUGUAUAACAUUCUUCAGGGAGGAAGUGGCAUCCCGAACAUAAAAUGGUGCGACAUUGAUGGAGAGGAUAAUGCUCUUGUUCUCGAUUUGCUUGGUCCAAGUCUGGAGGGUUUGUUUGUCUAUUGCAGUUGCAAGUUCUCAUUGAAGACUGUUCUUAUGCUUGCAGAUCAAAUGAUUACAAGAAUAGAGUAUGUGCACUCGAAAGGUUUUUUGCACAGAGACAUUAAACCUGAUAACUUUCUGAUGGGUCUUGGAAGGAAGGCCAAUCAGGUAUACAUCAUCGAUUUUGGGCUUGCAAAAAGGUAUAGGGAUUCUACCACAAAUCGUCAUAUCCCAUACUGAGAAAACAAAAACUUGACUGGAACUGCUUGCUAUGCAAGUUGCAAUACUCGUCUAGGAAUUGAGCUAAGUUGUCGGGAUGAUUUGGAAUCUCUUGGUUAUGUUCUUCUGUAUUUUCUCAGAGGAAGUCUUCCAUGGCAAGGUCUGAAAGCUGCCACAAAGAAACAGAAGUAUGAUAAGAUAUGCGAGAAGAAGCUUUCAACUCCCAUUGAAGUUUUAUGUAAAUCGCAUCCGGUGGAAUUUGGAUCUUACUUCCAUUACUGCCAUUCUUUGGCAUUUGAGCAAUGACCUGAUUAUGGAUUUCUGAAGCGCCUCUUCCAUGACUUGUUUAAUCGUGAAGGUUAUGAGUUUGAUUAUAUUUUUGACUGGACUAUUUUGAAAUAUCAGCAAACCCAGAGGACAAAAUCUCAACCUCGAAUCUGUCCUGUCUAUGGUGGAAUGACUAGCCGGAUUAUUCCAAUGGAUGUUGACAAACAUCAAGAGCAUGAUUAUGUGAUGGUACAGAGCACUACCCAUUUGCUGUGAGGAUUCCGGAUCAAGUUCCUGUAGAAAUCUGUUUUCAGGAUGGAAAAAAUGGUGAGCAGGUUUUUCCACCAGUAUUUACCAGCAUAUGAGAGACUACUUUGAUGAAUCGAAAGGUAUUAUGACAAUUUCCAUCAAGCUAUAUUUUAGUUCUUUUAACAUGUUUUAUGUCAAUAUCAAGAAAAUAAUUAGCAGCUGUUGGAUAAACUUAUAGAUAAAUAAUAGGGAAAAUUUUAGUUCA